AUGCUGGACCGAGAAUUCUCUGCUUUAAUCGGUGCCCCCAGCUCAAUUAGGGAUGAGGAUAUCACGGUUAAAUUGCCAGCAGAGAUGGAUGAUUCAGUUGAGCAAAUUAACUUGACGCUGCAUGUUCGGCUUUCCCGACUUAUGGCCACUAUUCUGACAACUGUUUACGGGGUUGGAAACGAUUCCGAUGACACGCUCAUUCGAAUGAUGUGCGCACUUCACAUGCAUAUUGAACAAACAGAGAGACAAAACUCUCAGACGAUCGGGUUAUCCUCACCUGUUGCAUCCCUGUUACAAUGCUGCGCCGAUUCCGCCCAGACUAUCCUUCAGACCCUUCGUACUUUAGCGGAUGAUGACUUGAUGGACGCAUUUUUACCGUUCCAAGUCGAAGACGCAUCAUCAUCUGCGUUUGUUCUCUACCUAAUCCGUGCAAUUGCCCCGUCGGUGAUCUCGAACGAUACUUGGUGCGACAACCUGACACUAGUGCUCGAUAAACUUAUUUCAAAGGGUAAUCUAGCUGCACCACUUCGCAGGCUUGAACUUAGGCAAUUAGAGCAAAUACUCGCACCUUUGACGCCGAAAUUGGCAAAUCACCCUUUGCCCCCGCAGGUCAAUCUGGAUGAAAGCAAUGAAAUUAACGAAGAAGAACCGUAUGCGUUCGAUCACGAAGAGUUUGAGUGGGAUCUACUGGGACUCAAUUCAUCUGUCAGUCUUCCCCCGCGAGAAUUAUUGGAUCUUGCAGAUCAAUUAGAUGUGGAAGGGAUCAUGCGAUCUGUUGGGGUUUGA